AGUACUUUUUUCCUGCGGCUUGCCUCUCAGAGUGUUUCGCCUUCAUCAAGCACGAUGGCGGCCAACUCCAUGGAACUAAUGUGGGGGCCAGGAUUCAUCGGAUUUAUCAUAGCUACAGCGUUCUACGGGACAGUUUUCGGACAGUAUCUCUUCUACGUGCGAUGGUUUCCGCGGGAUUCGAGAAAACUCAAGUUAUUUGUGAGCCCAACCUAUGUACAUCAACGAAAGAAUCGUCGAUCGACACCUCUGAUAUAGAUAACUAUGGCCUUUUGUUUGGGAACAACACAGGAAUACUCGUUGAUAGGCCUAUACUGGACCAUCUUUAUUUCGUGCCGUCGUAGCAUGUCCUUCGAGUGCACUGCUCAACUUCCGUGGCAGAUACUGCUCGCUGUACUUGUGACA